AUGGUGGUUAACUACCAAGCCCUCAAUGAGCUUACGGUAGUACCUGACUUCCCCUUACCUCCGGUCCAAACGAUCUUGGAGAUGUUGGGCGGCGCCAAGUAUUUCUCCACUCUCGACUUAGAGGCAGACUUCCACCAGAUCCUCAUGGCCAAAGAGGAUCGCUGGAAAACAGCCUUCCGUUCAGUCAUGGGCCUGUUCGAAUACAAAGUCAUGCCGUUCGGCCUGAAGGGUGCUCCCGCUACCUUCAAGCAAACAAAAAUGCCUACUUACAACCCUUGCUAG